UGCGGGGGUUCCCGAGGUGCCGCAUCGCUCCUGCGGUUCUCCGCUGCUCCCGAGAGACUCCGUCACCCGUGAGACUCCGUCACCCGUGAGACUCCGUCACCCGUGAGACAGUGCUGCGGUGCCUGUGGGACGCUCCCGCGCUCACAGGAGAUUCCGCCACUCGUGCGAUGCUCCAUCGCUCCUCGGACGGUCCCUCCGUCAGGUCGCAGGCGCUGCAGCGCCCGCGCGGUGCCCCAGCGCUUGGUGUGACACCGCUGCCUCUCUCCGGAGACGCCCCGUUACUCAGAAGACGCUCCACCGCUUGCCAGACGCCCCGCCAGCCCUUGCAGGCGGUUCUCACCGUCACCGUGGGGAAGGGAACAAGGGGCUGCGUGUCCCCGCCGAGGGGCAACGCGCGGGAGGUGCAGGCGUGGGCAGCCUCCUGGGAUGCGGUUUGCGGAGCAGCCGGUGCUUCCCGGCCGCCUGCCGCGCUGCGGGCGCUGCCUGCGGGAUGAUCUGAGCCGGAACAAAGUUGUUCGUCCGUCCGUCCAUCCGCAGCUCCCGCUGCACCGCCCCUGCGGAUGCGGGGAGGGGUAAAGCCCUCGCGGGUCCCCUGGGUGCCGUGGGAAGCGUCGGCCCCUCGGCUGCGCGGAGAGGAGCCGCAGACGGCGCUGGGACUGCUGGCCGGGCACGGCCAAGCUCGGGAUGGGGCUCCGGCUGCCGCUGCGCCGGAGCGCCAGCUUCACCCCCGAGCACCCUGCCCUGAUGGAGGUGCCUGCCCCCGCCGCCCUGAAGGUGGAAGCAAAUGUUCUCGUUAUGGGAGCGGACAACGUGGGGAAAUCGGCUCUGACUGUCCGUUUCCUCACCCGGCGCUUUAUCGGGGAGUAUGGAGACAUGGAGUUCAUCUACAGCCACAACCUGACUGUGGAUGGCCGAGAGAUUCUCCUCCACAUCUGGGAUGUCCCAAAUUCCCAGGAGCAGACAGAGGAGGGGUCCUCAGAGGAGAAGCGAAUCCAGUGGGCAGACAGCUUUGUCCUGGUCUACAGCAUCUGUGACCGGGCCAGCUUCAACAUCCUGCCCCUCAAAAUCCAGUUCAUCAGGGCGGCCAAGGAAGGGCAGAGCCAGGAGAAGGUGCCCAUCAUCAUUGUGGGCAACAAACGUGACCUGCACCAUCAAAGGGUGGUGUCCAGCGAGGAGGGACGGCUCCUGGCCCUCUCUCUAGACUGUGGUUUCUACGAGGUCUCUGCAGCUGAGGCCUAUCACGGGGCUCUCAUGGUCUUUCAUGGACUGGCCAAGCGCAUCCCUGACACCAAACUGGCACUGAAAAAGGGUACGAGGAUUCGUGGCAUCGUCAAGACUAUGUCGGCUGUGUUUGCCCGGAAGCGAACGGACUCCCUCUGAGAUACAGCCUGGGUGUUGCUUCUCUCCAUGCUGCCCACCUGGACUGAGUCUCCUCCCUGGGUGCUUAUGGAGCUGGUGUGAGCUUCCCUAACGGGUGGGUUCCUUACUGCCCUCCUGACCUCAGGAUCUGGGUCUCCUGCCAUACACGGCCAGUGCAGUUGAGGCAUGUAGCACCUUCCUCUGCUCUCUCCUGUAGAGCUCUUUUCUCUGUGGUGGGACAGAUGGUGGGGCAGUCUCUUCUCUUUGCUUUACCAGAUUUUUAGGUACCUCCUGCUUUCUCCUUCCAUCCUUCAAUGAUAGAAACCACCAGGUGAUCUUGCCACCUCUCCAGGCAGCAUCAUCCCUGGCUCCUUCAGCAGGAGUUGCUUGAGUUUUCAGUGAGUGGGGAGGACAUCCUGCUUCUGCAUGAGCACCCAGCUCAGUGUCACCCCCUCCUUUUUUAACUCAUGUUUUAACACUCAUCAGGGUUCUCUCUGGUGACCCUGGAAUGGCCAGGACCAGGCAACGAGGAGGGUUUCUCUAUUUGGGAGCCACUGGCUGUUCCCAUGUGCCUGUUGCUGUCUAAGUGUCCAGAGCCUGAAGCACUGGCUAAAUCCCAAGGGCCUCGGUGAGGUCACACCCACCUGGCUUUUGAACCAUCCUGGUCACAGGCCCCACUCCCACAGCCUUUUAGUGCCUGCAAAUGUUGUACAGCCUGUGCCUGGGAAAAAACAGUCUCCUGGCUUGUUCCUGGGAAUCCCACCGUGUGCCUUCCCAAGCUGCUCCUUCUGUAAGGCUGCCUGUCCCUGGGGAGGAGAGGAGGUGGAGAAAGGGGUCUCCAAGCUAAUUGCCAAACCCUUCCACUGCUGAGUGGUUUUUUUUUUUUCCCCCCUUGCUUCUCCCCAGCCCCUUCCCCUGGUUCUCCUGGGAGAGCAGUGUGUUGGAUGAAGGUUUGUGUCUGCAGGACAGACAGCGAUUGGUCUGUUCUGGAAAUGCAAUAAAUUGUUUUUGGCAGGAAG